UUUUCAUUUACUAGCUGGUCUCGUAACACAAGCCACGUAUAUAUUUUGAAUUAUGUUAUCAACAAAUAUUAUACUACUAUUGUGUGUCGUGGGUUUUAAAGCGGAUGAUGGUCCUUCUUGGACGAAUAUAAAUCCAAAUUUGAAUAACUUGUCAACGAAGAAAUGGAAGAAAAUAUUUAACCAAUACGACAGCCUGAAUGUAGGUUUAAUCUCUGCAACGGAAUUACAGAAACUAUUAUACGGAGAGUUCCAAGUAUUUCUCACCAUUCGCCAAGCAAAUGAAUAUACAUAUUUAAUUAAUUUACUAAAAAACCAUGAAAUAGGAUUGAAACAGGUGAAAAAAAUGGAACCGAUAAUACAUAUUUUGUCUCAGAGAAAUACUGAAGAGGAGAAAGAAAACUUUAUUGAAAAUUAUAAUCUGUCGAAAGAAGUUUUCGUGGACAAAAUAGCGAGUUAUUUUACUGAACUGUUCUUAGACAAGAAAGAAGUUUUAGAAGUACUCAAAGUUGUCGGCCACGACGCAAAAUUACCAAUUGAAUCGAAGAAGUAUCAGAAAAUAAUAAAAAUGUUGACGGCUUCGCAACGGAUGGCACGUAUACACAAGGAUUUUUAUUUAAAUAACGGCGAUCCUGAUGUUGAUUUUCUUCAAUAUAUACGUAAACAUUGGCUGUUCAGUGAUGAAUCUGCGUCUCUUAUAACUAAUCCCGACAAUCCACUCAUUAGUAAUAUAAAUCCAAAUCUGAAUAACUUGUCACCGAAUAAAUGGAGGAAGAUUUUUAACCAAUACGACAGCGACAAUGAUGGUUUUAUAUCCGCAACGCAAUUACAGAAACUAUUAUACGAACAGUUCAAUGUAUUUAUCACCAUUCGCCAUAUAAAGGCAUAUAUACGGGAAUUUUAUUAUAGGGAAAUCCAUGCUAUAGGACUGAACAUAGUGAAAAAAAUGAGACCGAUGAUAUUUGUUUUGUCACAGAGAGAAGAGAAGAAUAAAAAUAAUAAAAUGUCGACAAAUGUUUUCGUGGACAUAAUAGCGAGUUAUUUUACGGAACUGUUCUUAGACAAGAAAGAAGUUUUAGAAGUACUCAAAAUUGUCGGCCACGACGAAAAAUCAUCAAUUGAAUGGACGGAGUAUCACGAAAUAAUAAAAAUGUUGACGCCUUCGCUACUGAUGGCACGUAUACACAAGGAUUUUUGUUUAAAUAACGGCGAUCCUAAUGUUGAUUUUCUUCAAUAUAUACGUAAACAUUGGCUGUUCAGAGAUGAAUCUGCGUCUCUUAUAACUAAUCUCGACAAUCCACUCAUGAGUAAUAUAAAUCCAAAUCUGAAUAACUUAUCAACGAAGGAAUGGAAGAUGAUUUUAAACAAAUACGACAGCGACAAUGUUGGUUCAAUCUCCGCAACGAAAUUACAGAAAUUAUUAUACGAACAGUUCAAUGUAUUUAUCACUAUUCGCCAAGCAGAGGAAUAUAUAUAUUUAAUUCAUUUACAGGAAAACCAUGAAAUAGCAUUGGAACAUGGAGAAAAAAUGAAACCGAUAAUAAACCAUGAAAUAGGAUUGGAACAUGUGAAAAAAUUGGAACCAAUAAUAUGUAUUUUGUCACAGAGGAAAAGUAAAGAGAAGAAUGAAAGCUUUAUUAAAAAUAACAAAAUGUUGACUGAAGAUUUCGUGACCAUAAUAAAGGAAAAGUUUCCGAUGGUGUUCUUUAAGAAAGAAGAAGUUUUAGAACUACUCAACGUUGUCGGCCACGACGAAAAAUUGCCGAUUGAAUUGACGGAGUACCACGAAAUACUAAAAAUGUUGCCGGCUACGCUACGGAUGGUACGUAUAUACAAUGAUUAUUCAAUACAUAGCGGUGUAAAUAAAUACACCGUUUUGGUUAGUUUUCCCACAUGGAUACGUCGCAGUAGGCUGUACAGAGAGAUACCUGGUUCUUGCGCAUUUGAAGUCCACGAUCGACUUAAGAGUGCAAUUUGCCUUUGAAAAAUAUAACAAAUUUUAAUUUUUUUCAGACAUAACAAUAUAUUUCUUAAAAAUUAAUAUUAAUGAAUACUGAUGCACUAGAAUACUACAUUUUUAAAUAAAAAUAUACAUACAUGUCAAUAGAAA